AUGUGUUUCCGAUUAAACACUGCCAGUCCCACGGAUUGUUCCAUGAGCAGUGGAACCGACGACGAGAAGGAAGAUGAUUCGCCCCAUCGAGCAGCAUAUUCCUCAGCGCGUAAGGUCCCUCCAACAGUGCCAAUUAGUCGUGACCGCCUGCCGAUCGUUUAUCGACCCGAAUACGGUGUAAAGUUUCUAGGUCUCCAAAAGUUACACCCGUUCGAUGCGGCCAAAGGCGGUAACAUCUAUCGACUGCUGAAAACGAACGGAUUAAUACGCAAUGACGAGGAUGUGUAUGCACCGGAUGAAAUAACGCUCGAGGAAUUGCUGGAAGUGCAUACGAAGCGUUACAUAGAUAGUUUAAAGUGGAGUUUAAAUGUGGCCAAAAUAGCAGAAAUUCCACCGCUCCUAUUUGUGCCAAACUGUUUCGUGCAGCGAAGUUAUCUACGGCCCAUGCGCUACCAAACGUCCGGAUCGAUUCUGGCUGCCCGUGCCGCGCUAGAGUCUGGCCGCGGCUGGGCCAUCAAUCUGGGUGGAGGAUUCCAUCAUUGUAGUGCCGAUCGUGGCGGAGGGUUCUGCCCGUAUGCUGACAUUACACUCACGGUGAAAAUGUUACAGGCCAGUGGAAAUGGUAUCGAACGCAUUUUGAUAGUGGAUCUCGAUGCACACCAGGGCAAUGGGUACGCUAGGGACCUGAUGAACGAUGCCGGUGUGUUCAUUAUGGACAUGUACAACUAUCGUAUCUAUCCGCGGGAUCACACGGCCAAGCUGGCUAUUCGACGAGCCGUCGAACUGAAGCCCCACACCGACGAUGAAGAGUAUCUAAGAAAGUUGAAGCACUGUUUGCACCAGUCGCUGGCAGAGUUUGAACCGAACUUUAUCAUCUACAACGCCGGUACCGACAUCCUGAAGGGUGAUCCGCUAGGAUUGCUUGACAUCACGCCAGAGGGUGUAAUCGAGCGCGAUGAAAUUGUGUUCCGGUUCGCAUUGGAACGUUCCAUUCCGGUGGCGAUGCUGCUGAGCGGUGGAUAUUUGCGAAGCUCGGCACGUGUUAUUGCCAACUCGAUUGUGAACUUACGCGACAAAGCGUUGCUGCCAAUGAUCGAGUAG